AGGCCUGGCACUAGCUAUUCUUGUCAUAACCUCCGGUCUCCUGGUCGGUUCCUUAAUCGUCGCACCGUGCAUCACAACGGGCCAGAGCAACACAAGCGAUUCUAACUUUGUUCACGACUCAUCAUGUGCAGCUGGGUACUCCUUCUCUCGUGUGCCUUGAUAUGGUAGGGAGCUGGCGCUCUCCAAUCACAUUAGCUCUACUUCCAUAUCCCUCUGUCGAUCCUCGUCAACACAAAGACCUCUUUGCUGGGCCUACCGAGGUAAUCGAUGUGCUGGACGCAAACAAUCUGUUGUCGAAAACAGUGAAGUCGAAUUCAGUGCACGACCCUCUUUUCCCUUCCACAACCCCCACAGAAAAUGGCUCCUUCUCUCACGGCAAUCAACCCCCCGCGGUCCACUUCAAAGUCCCCCGCGGAGGGCGCAUAGCGCUCGUCGGCGAAUCUGGUGCAAGCGAAGGCACAACCAUCCGUCUCCUUUACUGGUUCUAGGACCCACAAUCCAGCAAAGGUCGUAUCUUAAUCGACGAGCAAGACAUCUGAACAGUGACGCUCGAGAGUCAAGCCUCCGUCGCGCAAUCAGUG